AUGCUCCUUUUAGACUACCAAAACGUCCUGAUCCAGUCCAUCCUCACAGAACGGUUUUCCGGCGCACCUCCGCAAACGAUUGACCAGGUUGUUUCGGACUUCGACGGCGUGAUCUUCCACAUAUCGACUCCGACGACGAAGACGGAGAUCCUGAUAUCCCUCUCGAUCAAAUGCUUCCGAGAACUCGUCCAAUAUGGAGCCGAAGCUGUGCUGCAAAGAGAAUAUGGCAGCUACAUCACGGCCACGGAAGCAGGCUACGACUUUAGCAUCCUGGUAGAUCUGGAGAAUCUGCCACCCAGCCCGGAAGAACGAGAAGAGCUGGUGCGGAGAAUCAGCCUGUUGAAACGCAACGUCAUGGCCGCGCCGUUUGAGAAGGCCUACGAUGAGUUCUCCCAACUUUCCGCGGAGGCGGCCAAAUAUACCUCGGAGUCGGCACCACAGGGCAUUGCGGAAGGAGGCGAGGUCAUGUCAAUUCAUUACCGCGAGGAAGAAGCAAUCUACAUAAAGGCCAGCUUCGACCGUGUCACGGUGAUAUUCUCUACCAUGUUCAUUGACGCUGUUGAUCGGAUCUUCGCCAAGGUCUUCCUUCAGGAAUUCGUGGAUGCGAGAAGGCGCGCUAUUCAGAACGCUCCGCAGGUGCUUUUCAGGAGUGAUCCUCCUUUGGAACUUCAAGGCUUAAAAGGGGUUGGAAAGACUGGAGAAAAAGGCGAAAUGGGAUUCAUCACUUUUGUUUUGUUCCCGCGACACCUGACUCUACAACAACGGGACGAAGUCAUAUCUCAUAUCCAGACGUUCCGCGACUACUUCCACUAUCACAUCAAAGCUUCCAAAGCGUAUAUUCACUCGAGGAUGCGGCGUAGGACCGCAGAUUUCUUGCAAGUUCUUAACCGUGCGAGACCCGAGACAGAAGAACGGGAAAGAAAAACGGCCAGUGGCAGGACGUUCAGAGUUCAAGGUUGA